AUGAGCGUCCAAAGCACUUUGUCUGAGACUAAUACUAAUAAAGAGAAUGAAAAGCUUAAUAUCAAAGAAACGCGGCAAGGACGUGAAAGUAGUAGAAAAUGGCAAAAGAGAGCAGAAGAAACUGAAGAAGAAUGCGAAACCCGGCUCGCAAAAAUACGCAGCCGAUAUCAUCAAAAGAAAGCUAAUGAGAGUGCUGAGCAACAAAUUGAAAGAAAUGUACAAAAUGCAAAUAACAUACGAAACAAACAUGCCUUAGAGACGGAAGAGCAGCGUAAUAAGAGGAAUUCGCAAAACGUGUCAAAUAUGUGUAAAAAACGAGGAUCUAAUAUUCUUCAAAACACAGUAAAUAUAGUUGAGGACGACGAAUUAGAAAAUAAUCUUGAAAGAGUGGACCAUGAACUAUUAAAUAAAUUUCGAGAUAAUAUCAGUAAAUUUGAAAAUAAGGAAUACAAAACAUGUGAAGAGAGAUUUCCUUCUAUAGAUCUCUUUAGAGAGGAGAAAAGUAAUUCAGGCUCUUUGGUGGCUGAAAGCAAAUAA